AUGCCCACACUAACACACAUGCCCACAAACAACACGCAUACGCCGCCUUCUCUGCCACCUGCAGGUGCCCAGCACCCUCACCGGCCGGCUUGUGCCGCAUGGAUCUGGGACGUGCAGCCAGUCGGCACAUUGAAGCACAUGCGUGGGAAGAGUCACAGCACAGAUGCUCACCUGCACACAGAGGCAUUUGCACCAGCUCCCUGCACACUCGUGCCUGAGUUCUUCCUCAUUCUGUCUCUGUUCCCUGCUUUGGCCAGGGGCUAUCCUCGAUGUGACCCACACUACACCUCUGCCCAUGGCAGCUUUUUACCCAGUUAUCCUCCAAUUCCUCACCACAGUCAAGGCAGCGGGAAGAGGCGGAGCCGCGAGAGCGCCGCCCAGCGGCCCCACCAAGUGGUCGCGGCCAUAACAGCGGCUCCUCCCCGGCUCACCUCCCGCGCCCCUGCCGCCGGAGAUGAGGGAGAAACUAACAAUGAACACGGACUCCUUGAGGUAGAAAAAGUUAGAAUGCAGCCUCUGGUGCUGUUUGAGAGAUCCCUGUCUCUCCGGCGGGGCCGCUGCUGUGUUCUGGAAAGGCGCAUUGUACCGUGGAUGCGGCAGGAAUCCUAUUCAUCUUCUUCACCCAUAUGGUUUGUGGACUCUGAUGAGCCAAAUCUGAGAUCAGUUCUGGAAUGUCUAGAAGAUACUAAGAACAACAAUUUGUUUCAUCAGCAAUUGAAGUGGGUGAUAUGUGGACUCUGCAGAUUAUAUAACCUUCCUAAGCACAUGGAUGUUGAGAUGCCAGAUCAACCACUACCCAUGGGUCAGCCCUGGAAGAUUCUUUCUCUAUUUUCGAAUGGGACAAAAGAAGAAGUGACUUCAAAGAAGAGGAAGAAGAGAUGGCUGAAGAUAUAGAAGACUUAGAUCACUAUGAGAUGAAAGAAGAGCCUAUGAGUGGGAAACAGUUGGAGGAUGAAGGAACUGAAAAAGAAAAUUGGGCAAUAUUAGAGAAAAUUAGGAAGACUGAAAGCCUGCAGUGUCUGGGUCAGUGCAAGCUUCAGAUAGACUUAUGAAGGAGCUCAGGGACAUAUAGAGAUCACAGAGUUAUAAGACAGGUUGAACCUGAUAGUCCUUUGCACAGUGAUCUUCAGAUCUUAAAAGAAAAACAAGGAAUAGGAGACAUUUUGCUUAUCUUUUAAGGUAAGAAAAUUGUUAUGAGACUCUAUAUCCUUCUAAUGGGCGUGUAUAUUUGUACAAGUGUUUUGGAAAACAGUUUGGUAAAGUGGAAGAUACUCAUACCCUAUGGUUCAGGAAUCUUGUGGAUAUAUACUCCACAAGAAAUGAGUACAUAGGUGCCAGGAGACACAGGAAUGUUCAGAGCAGCAUCAUUUAUAAUAGCCCCAAACAGAGAAGAACCCAAAUGUUCAUUCCAAUAAACUGGAUGAUUGUGGUAUUCAUAAAAUGGCUUGCAGCUAUGUGGGAUGAGAUGGGCAGAUCUUGAACACUAUGUUGAGCAAAAGAGACCAGACCCUCAAAACUUAUUUUGUACAAUUUCCUCUA